AUGACAACUUUUGAUUUUUCCGACGUGGAGGCAUUUUUGGAUUGCCAUCCGGAGCUUUUUGAGGAAUAUCUCGUCAGGAAGGGAAAAUGUGACACCCUUAGCAGGUGGCUCAAAGAGCAUCCGCCGUCCAAAACCUCUCCGGCGGAGGAGAAACGCGGGGUCGCGAGGGAUCCCUUCUGGCCCACGAACCCCGACGGACUGAAGCGCAGAUCGUCCCACAUGGAGCUCCGCAGGAACUUCGCCCGCUCCAAAGCGAUGACGGCGCACCGGACCUACGACGAGCACAUCAGUCUCACGGCUCACGAGUCCCAGUCGAGUAUGCGACGGCGCGCGCUGCUGCGGAAAGCCAGUUCGUUACCGCCGACUACGGCGCACAUCUUGAGCGCGCUGCUCGAGUCCCGGGUGAACGUGCCUCAGUAUGCCUCCAGCGCCAUUGACUACAAAUACAGACUCAAAGAGUCCAACGAGAGGGAGUUCUUCCUCGAGCUGGUUAAGGACAUUUCUAACGAACUUGACAUGACGAACCUCAGCUACAAGAUUCUUAUCAAUGUGUGCAUCAUGGUAAACGCAGACAGGUGUUCGCUUUUCCUAGUAGAGGGACCGUCUCAUAAGAGGACACUGGUGUCCAAGUUUUUUGAUGUGCACUCGGGUACGACGGUGCGACCCUCCUCAAGCACUCUGGACUCAAACGAGGUGCAGGUUCCGUGGGGAAAAGGCAUCAUAGGUUAUGUAGCAGAACACGGAGAAACCGUCAACAUCCCGAACGCAUACGAGGACCAUCGGUUCAGUGAUGAAAUUGACAAACUGACGGGCUAUAAGACUCAGUCCAUUCUGUGCAUGGCCAUCUCCAACAGUGACGGUGAAGUCAUCGGUGUAGUGCAGGCCAUCAACAAGAACCCCAGCGGAACUCCAUUCACCGAAGACAAUGAGAAGGUGCUUCAAAUGUAUCUACCAUUCUGUGGAAUAUCGAUCUCCAACGCCAAACUCUUCUCUGAAUCCCGCAAGGAGUAUGAGAGGAGCAGGGCUCUGCUGGAGGUGGUGAAUGAUCUUUUUGAGGAGCAGACGGACCUGGAGAAGAUUGUGAGAAAGAUCAUGCAGCGUGCGCUGACAUUGCUGCAGUGUGAGCGCUGCUCGGUGCUACUGCUAGAAGACAUCCACUCUCCUGUAGUAAAGUUCUCCCAGACGUUUGAGCUCAUGUCUCCACUGUGCAGCGUUGAUCAUGACAUCAGCAUGGAGAAGGUGUCUUGCUCGGACUGGCUGAUCAAUAACAGCAUUGCUGAGUUGGUAGCAUCAACCGGGCUGCCUGUUAACAUCAGUGAUGUCUGUCAGGAUCCCCGCUUUGAUGCUGAGGCGGACCAGGCUUCUGGUUUUCAUAUCAGAUCAGUUUUAUGCGUCCCCAUCUGGAAUCGGACACAUCAGAUUAUUGGUGUUGCCCAGAUUCUGAAUCGCUUGGACAGGAAGACAUUUAAUGAUGCGGAUCAAAGGUUAUUUGAGGCAUUUGUUAUUUUCUGUGGUCUGGGCAUUAACAACACAAUGAUGUAUAACCAGGUUAAAAAGACUUGGGCCAAGCAGUCUGUGGCUCUAGAUAUGCUGUCUUAUCAUGCUACAUGCUCCAAGGCAGAGGUUGAUCGACUGAAGGCUGCUAAGAUUCCCCUAAGCAGUGAGCUCGGGAUCGAUGAGUUCCACUUUAAUGACUUUUCUCUGGACAACGACGCCAUGAUCACUGCCUCCCUGCGGAUGUUUUUGGAGCUCGGUGUCGUGCAGAAAUUCAAAAUUGAUUAUGAGGUGCUGUGCCGCUGGCUGCUUACCGUGAGGAAGAACUACCGCACCGUAGCCUAUCACAACUGGAGGCAUGCCUUCAACGUCUCGCAGUGCAUGUUUGUUAUGAUCACCACUGCUGGGUUCCAGGAGGUGCUGACAGACACAGAGACUCUUGCGCUUAUGGUUGGGUGUUUCUGCCAUGACCUGGAUCAUCGUGGUACAAACAACGCCUUUCAGGCAAAGUCUGGGUCAGCACUAGCGCUGCUGUAUGGAACAUCUGCCACACUUGAGCAUCAUCAUUUCAACCACGCCGUCAUGAUCCUGCAGAGUGAGGGUCACAACAUUUUUGCUAAUCUGUCCUCCAAAGAGUACAGCAACAUGAUGCAGCUACUGAAACAGGCCAUUCUGUCCACAGAUCUCACCUUGUACUUCAAAAGAAGAACCAAGUUCUUUGAGUGUGUUUUGUCGGGACAGUUCAGUUGGAGUAAUGAAGAACAUAGAGACAUGUUCAGAUCUAUGCUGAUGACUGCGUGCGACUUGGGUGCCGUGACUCGACCAUGGGAGAUCUCAAAACAGGUGGCUGAAUUGGUGACCAGUGAAUUCUUUGAACAAGGUGACAGGGAAAGAUCAGAGCUGAAGUUGACACCGGCUGCCAUUUUUGAUCGCAAUCGUAAAGAUGAGCUUCCUGUGCUUCAGUUAGAAUGGAUUGAUGGAAUUUGCAAGCCAUUAUAUGAGGCUCUUGUGAAGUUGAAUAGGAAGCUUCAGCCGAUGGUAGAUGGAAUUGAUGCCAACCGAAAGAAGUGGGAGGAGCUUUGUCGGUCCUAUCAGCAAACACGGAGAGCCUCCGAGUGCAUCUCCAGUCUGGAGGCAGGAGAGACAGAAUCAACUCAGAGUUCAGACUCCACCCACGAGUCAGAAUCAAGUCAGAGUGAGGUGACCAAUCAGAGCGAAGACUCCACCCACCAUGUGGAGCCAAAUCAAGCCACGGUAGCCAAUUACAAAUAAGAGGCGUGAUGUGGCGAUUAAAGGACGGCCCACUGAGUCAGGGGUUCUCAAACUACUUUUUCCCGAACCUCUUAUACGUUGAGUUAAUAUAUUAAUAUUCUAACCACAGAUUUACAUAUUCACAAUUAUCUGAUGUUGGUUAAUGGUCAAAUGACUUUAUUUAACAAACUUUUUUUCAAUAAAUGUUUUAUUUUAAAAUUAUUUAUAUACAGGGCUGCACAAAUUGUCCAAAAAAUAUACUGAAUUAUUUUAAGAGUGAUAUCUCAUUUGAAAACAUAUUAUAUUGCUGCUGAUGAGACUCUUUCAGGGUCUUUAUUAUUACUAUUAUUAUUUUAUUAUUAUUAGUGUUAACACAAAUUAUAAAAAUGAAGUCAUAAAUGAUUGAUAAUUUUACACUAACUUUUUAAUUUCAAAAGUCUUAAUUAAAUUGCAGCCUUGGAUAAUCACACUAAGAUAAAUCAUGAUUUCUAUUUAAUUUUGAUGAUGUAUGCAGCACCAUUUAUUUAUUUAUUGAAAUUUUAGAUUUGAUUUAAUUAAUUAUUAGCUAAAUCAACUCAUGAACCCCCGGGGUUUCUAAAACCCACAUUUGAGAAACCCUGAACCGAGUAAUGACGACUGACAGCUUUCUUAUGUUUGUAUAUGAAAAAAUGUGUUGCUAACUAAACUUUUUUAUGUGGGCUGCUUUGAGAUUGACAGUAUUUCUAUUGAAAUUACUUCAAGCAUUUACAGCACAAUUUAAAAACAUUAUAAAAUGACUGGUUUUAAAUAUAAAAUAUUUAUUAAGAACCCAUAUUUUUGAGAUUUUAUCUCCGAAAAAAAUAUAUAUAAUGGAAUAUGUGACAAAACUGUGAAUACGUGCAGGAAGUUCAGGUGCACAAAAAUUGAAUGUGAGAAAUAGCAGUAAAAUGUUUCAAAUGCUCAGAUGUUGUUCAGUGAGUCUGUGCUGCUAUAUUGCAAGUUACAAGUUUGCUUUCACAAAGCCUGGCAUUACAUAAAGAUAAAACAGAGUUGCUGAUAGGAUUCGUAUGCUUCAGAUGCGGAAACUGAGCAUGAUUUGAUGAAUGUAUAAAAAUGAAUAUCACUGUGAUCUUUUGCUGUUGUUUCUUUAGACUUGCAUGGAAGCACUGGGACACUGUUAUAACUGCUGAUUGUGCUAUAAUUUUAUAUUGAGCAUUAUACAUGCGCAUUGUUGAAUGUUUGUGUAUGCAUCUGUAGUCUCAUGUACCUGUCAAAACAGAAUAGGCUACAUUACUACAACAUUCACUGUGAAAAAUACAGUAAAUGUAGAUUUAUCGCACAAGAUUGCAUAUCAGCUGUUCAAGUGGCAAACAGAAGAUUAUCCAGAAUGAAUGUGAAGUCAUCUGUUUUAAACCAGCUAUUAGGGAUUCGUCCUUGAUCGCUGAUUCCUAAGAUGAACCAAAGUCAAUUCUCACAAUACUAAAAACCUGAAUUUGUUGCAUGCAAAAUUGAAACCUGUUGUUGGCAUGUGAGUUUUAGUUUGUUACGUUACAAUUUAGUAUGUGAACUUUGUGUUUUUGAAAGCAUUACAAAUGCUAUGAAAUGCAUGCUGCAGAGCUUUGACAACAGCAGCUUUCUGCUUUAAAUGGGAGUUAAACUCUCAGUUUGUGUUGCAGUCAUGCUACUAAUGUUUUUUUCUUAUGUGCACACAGUCAGAUUAUGCUCUUUCAGUUCAGUCUGUCUGCCUUAUUCAAAUGAAAUGUAAUUAUUUUUGCAUUUAUUAUGAAUUUACAUUUUAAAAAAGAAAAGAAAACCAUUUAUAUUCAUACACUAAAAAAGAAGGCCACAAAUAGCUUUAUAUUUUAUUAGCUGACAUAAAAUGCUCAUAUAUCUAUGGAAGCUUGUUUCCGACCACAUAAAAAAAAAAAAAAAAAAAAGUAACACUUUAUUUUAAGGUCAUUUUUCACGUUACAUGUACUUACUAUUAUAAUAAAAAUUAAUUAUGCAUAAUUACAUGCAAGUAACCCUAAGCCAAACCCUAAUCAUAUAGUGAAUACAUGUAGUUAAUUAAUAUUACUAUAAUUACACUGUAACAAGGACACCUUAAAAUAAAGUGUAACCUUAAUAUUAUUUUAUAAAAUAAUAUUUUUUUUAAAUAAUAUUUUAUAAAUAAAUGUAAAAGGUAAUUGCGACUUUUUCUUUCACAGUUUGGACUUUUUCCUUACAAUUCUGCGCUUAUAUAUAUCAACAAAUCACAAAAAUCAAAAUGGCAAGAUAUAAACUCAAAUAUAUUCUGAGCAAAAAUGGUCAGAAUUGUGAGAUAUCAACUUGCAAUUGUGAGGAAAAAAGUAGCAAUUCACUUUUCUUUUCUUUUUUUUUACUCUUGUGACAAAAAUAAAAAUGGCAAGCAUUAUGAAAUGUAAACCUCGACUGAAAAAGAGUCAGAAUUCUGCAUUUAUACAGUAUUUUGCCAUUCUGAAUUUAUAUCUCAUAAUUCUGCUUUUUGCUUGCACCACAGAAUACAAAAUAAAAUUAACUGCGACUUUUAUUUUUCUCAGAAUUGCAGGAAAAAGUCAGAAUUGAGCAAUAUAAAGUCGCAGUUUCUUUUUUUUCUUUUUUUAUUCCAUGGUAACAAAACAGGCUUCCAUAUAUAUCAUACUUGGUGCCUCAGUCUGUCUCUUUUUUAGAGAGAUUCUCAUCCUGUAUUUCAGUGGAUCAUAUAUCUAUCAAAUGCCACAUGAUAUACUGUGCAGUUUGUAAGGGGUACACACACAGGGUCUUUUCUUGCCAGACUGAUUGCUAGUCAUAUUCCUCAGGCUGUUUUGUAA